UCCCAAGCGUGCUUGAGUGCGACUCGGACUGCCCGCCCGGCAUUGUUGAUGGUGAAGUUUCAGUGGUUAUACUUCAAUCUCCGAUUCGUUCUGCGAUUUUCUCGUUUCAUUAUGGUUUUUUUACCAGGAAAUGAUCCAUGGACCUAACAUUUUGGCGGUUCGUGAAACUAAUCGGUUCUCCUCCAGGAUUUCUGCACAGGGAGAGAAAUAAUGGACAAGUAUCCAGGUGGAUGGAUACCGGGCGUACAACUUAAAAAUGAGUUUGUCUCAGAAGACUCUCUGAAAGAUAAAGAUGAAUACAGGGCAGAUCUGGGUCAAGACGCCCUCAUUCACAACGGAUCCGAACUUAAUCAGCAUCAGCCAAUAACGCAUCUGGAAAAUGAAGAUGUCAAAUUAUUCGCCAGGAGUUGGUGCAACAUCGAUGAUCCAUUGGUGCAAAAGCCAUUAGUGCUUCUGGAGAGACUUGAUGCCAAGCUCAUGGACAGCCUAACGAGCCCUUCACCCGCUGAGCGCAAACACGUAACUUUGUCUUUAUUAAAAAAGAUAAAAGUAGAAGAGGCAGAGGACGAUAUAAAUCCACUUAGAGAACAUUCUAGUAAGAUCGCUGUCCUCCAGUUGGUUCCAAAAAGGGAAAUUGACAUCGAAUUUCCCACCACGGCCAUGAUAAAGGAGCAACCUGAUUCAAAACCCGAAGUCAAGUUACACCAUGAGCUUAUUUUCGACAGCACUGGAGAAUACCUUGACAAUGGUCAUCAAGAAAUUAGCACCCAGAGCUCAAACAGUUUGAAAGAUCCGAUUGUUGUCCUCGGGAAACUUGAUCCACAGUUGGUUAGCAGCCAUUUGAAAGCGAUAGAAAAUUCUCCCAGUCCGAGCCAUUCAGUUCCACCGUUAGAGUUGAGAAUAGAGGAGACUUUAGAUUUGGAUCAUCUUUCUAUUCACGAUCAAAACAUAGAAAAUCAAAGAACAAGCGAUAUGUCAAUGAACGAUCCAAAAUCCUCGCUAGCGGAACGCCGGAAAUCGUCCAAUGGGAGGGUCAUAAGGAAUUUCGCUCCGACCAAGAAUGAAAGACUGCCUCGUCACUUUCAUUUGGAUGAAUCUGCUCCUGAAAGCUCUUCCAGUUUUUUCAAAAAUUCGGCACUGACUCGUCAUCAACCGAAUGAGGAUUUAUGGACGAAAAUGUCCAAGUCAGGAAUCCAAGUUGAGCCUGUCGAUUGCACUGAUGAAACUUUAACUCAUAUCGAUUAUUCAAAAAACUCCGUGCAGCCUCAUGCCGAAAAUGUAAUUUGCUCGUUGGUUGAAUGUGCCGCAAAAUUUGAAUCAAAAACGAGUCUCGGCUUACCAGAUCAUACUAAUGAUCAAUCAUUCUUAUGCGGUCCGAGCUCAAGCACGAUCAAAUCGAAGGUACAUCUACACAGGCAAAGAAUGCAUGUCCAAAAUUUUGAUCGCACAUUUAAGCGUGAUGCAUGUUCUCGCAGCUUUCUACCGAUGGAAGGUUUGAAAACGGACAAUCGAAGAAUUCCCCGAGUUCAACAACAGUCUUCCUGUGCCCAGUGUUCAACAAUCUAUAAAUCAAAAGGAUCGUUAGAAAGGCAAUUUUGGAAUAUUCACUUUGAUGUCCAGAAGCUUCAGUGUAGUCAGUGUUCAAAAAAAUUUAAAAAAAGUCAAAGUUUACGAGCGCACAUGACAAAUAUCGUCAGGAAAAGUCAACCCUUUCCUUGCGGUCAGUGCUUAAGCAAAUUCAAAUUGAAAAGCACUUUGAAGAAUCAUAUGUUGCAAGUGCACAGUGAGCACUGUCCUUUCUCGUGUGCUCAGUGCACAAGCAAAUUCAAAUUGAAAGACGAUUUAAAGCAGCAUAUAUUGCAAGUGCACAGUGAGCAUCGUUCUUUCUCGUGUGCUCAGUGCUCAAGCAAAUUCAAAUGGAAAAGCACUUUGAAGCGACAUAUGUUGCAAGUGCACAGUGAGCAUCGUCCUUUCUCGUGUGCUCAGUGCUCAAGCAAAUUCAAAUUAAAAAGCGAUUUAAGGAGGCAUAUAUUACAAGUGCACAUCGAGUACCGUCCUUUCUCGUGUGCUCAGUGCUCAGGCAAAUUCAAAUGGAAAGGCACUUUGAAGCGACAUAUGUUGCAAGUGCACAGUGAGCAUCGUCCUUUCUCGUGUGCUCAGUGCUCAAGCAAAUUCAAAUUGAAAGGCGCUUUAAAGAGGCAUAUGUUUCAGGUGCACAGUGAGCACUGUCCUUUCUCGUGUGAUCAGUGCUCAAGCAAAUUCAAAUGGAAAGGCACUUUGAAGCGACAUAUGUUGCAAGUGCACAGUGAGCAUCGUCCUCUCACGUGUGCUCAGUGCUCAAGCAAAUUCAAAUCGAAAGGCACUUUGAAGCGACAUAUGUUGCAAGUGCACAGUGAGCAUCGUCCUUUCUCGUGUGCUCAGUGCUCAAGCAAAUUCAAAUUGAAAGGCCAUUUAAAGAGGCAUAUGUUGCAUGUGCACAGUGAGUACUGUCCUUUCUCGUGUGAUCAGUGCUCAAGCAAAUUCAAAUUGAAAGACGAUUUAAAGCGACAUAUGUUGCAAGUGCACAGUGAGCAUCGUCCUCUCACGUGUGCUCAGUGCUCAAGAAAAUACAAAUUGAAAGACGAUUUAAAGAGGCAUAUAUUACAAGUGCACAUCGAGUACCGUCCUUUCUCGUGUGCUCAGUGCUCAAGCAAAUUCAAAUUAAAAAGGUAUUUGAAGCAACAUUUGUUGCAAGUGCACGGUGAGCAUCGUACCUUCUCGUGUGCUAAGUGAUCAAGCAAAUUCAAAUUGAAAAGCGAUUGAAAGAGGUAUAGGUAAGUUGCAUGUGCACAGUGAGCAUCGCCCUUUCUCGUGUGCUCAGUGCUCAAGGAAAUUCACAUUGAAAAGCUAUGUAAAGUGGCAUAUAUUGCAAGUGCACAGUGAGCAUCGUUCUUUCUCGUGUGCUAAGUGCUGAAGCAAAUUCAAAUUGAAAAACUAUUUGAAGCUGCAUUUUUUGCUAGUGCACAUAGUGAGCAUCGACCCUCCUCUUGUGAUCAGUGCUCAAGCAAAUGUAAGAGCACACUGUGAAGAUAGCUCAUUCGCGUGUAUUCAGUGCUCAAGCAAAUUCAAAUUUAAAAGCUACUUGAAGCUGCAUGUGCAGUACAUAACUUGAAGAUUGCCCCUACUCGUGUGGUCAGUGCUCACGCAAAUUUAAAGUAAAGUAUGAUUUAAAGACACAAAGGGUGUCCAAAAAGUAACUCAAUUUUCGUCUUUUAGAGCGAACGGAAAAAGGCUAAAAAUAUUUGAUCUCCACGUACGUGUAGACGAGGUGAAAAGCAAGCAAAUGAGACGUUGUUGAGCUCUUUCGGUCAAAAAUUGACCGAGAUAUGAUAUUUCUCCCGCGGCAUGUUGAGAGACCACCUCUAUAGGAUUUUAGGUACUUUCCGAAGCGUGCUGCGAAAUGUCUAAAGUCAACAUUAAGUUCGAUGUUUUGCAAAGUACAAUUCGAGAUAAAGUUGGCAACAUAAAGGGAGGGUUUGGGAACACUGCUGGCCGAGGCGUGUGAAGCGCGCGGUUGCCACACGUGAAAAGAAACAACAUUAAGGCAUCCUCUAUUGUUUUUGGAGUGUAUUAUCGUUAAAUAGUACGUAUAAAGAAAUGAAUGAAAUAUGCUCGGACAAGGACGAUUAUUCAGAUAGAAGCAGUAUUUGACGCUGGCUCGUUUUUUUCUUUGCAUAAAGUACCCCUAAAAUUCUGGAGGCGGUCCUCAACAUGCCGCGGGAGAAACGUCAUAUUUCGGUCAAUUUUUGACAAAUGGAGCUCAACAAGGUCUCGUUUUAUCGGUUUUCAUGAUGACCAAUUUUUUUAUAGCUUUUUCUGUUCGCCCUUGAAGUCGAUAAUUGCAUUAUUUUUUGGACAGCCUAUGUACUUGUGCAAGGACGGAUUUAGCUUUUUAGCGCUCCUAGGCAAAUCUCAUAGUCGCGCCCCUCACAGAACAGACGACCGCGUGGGGAGUCUGAGGGGUACUCCCCAGCCCAGUCAAAAGGGGGGUUCGGGGGUCCUCUCCCGGAAAAUUUUUAAAAUCGGGCAUUUGAUAAACGCAAUUUGAAGCUACUUUUAGAUUAUUUAAGAGAAAAAUUUGGUGGCUGAGAUGACUAUUGUACUAUCUUAAUUUUCAAAAGGUAUAGGGAAUUAAAACAAAGCAAACUAAAUAAAGGCGAGAAAAAGUUGAAAAGAGUAAAAGGAAAAUUUUACUCAUGAAUGCAGAGGGGGCGAGGGUUUUACGAACCUUAAGUAUUAGUAGACAAGGACAGAUUCAGAUAUUCUUCUUUUCGCGCGUCUCUUUUUUCGUCCUUAAAUUUUUUUACUGAUUUCAAUUCUGGAACCCUUAAAAAAAUAUGCAUGUGUCUCAAAAUUUUGCGCCCCUCGAAACGUUGCGCCCCUAGGCAGCUGCCUAGGUCUGCCUUGUGGGAAAUCCGUCCCUGUACUUGUGAAAGUCUUACACACUGCCGAUGGACCCUUCUCCUUAGACCAGUGCACAAAAAAAUCAAAUCAGAAAUUCAUUUAAGGCAUCAUUAAUAUUGUACAUACAAAAUGAAGAUAACUCUCUCUUUCUCUCUCUCCCUCCAUCCCUCCCUCUCUCUCCCUCUCCCUCCCCCUUCCUCUCCCUCCCUCCCUCCCUCCCUCUCUCCCUCUCUAGUAUAUAAGCAGUGCUCAAGCAAAUAUUAAAUGAAUGGUGCGUUAAAAUAAGUAUGUGGAAGUUGUGCAUAUCACCGAUAGACCAUUUUCCUGCUAUCAGUGUUCAAACAUAUUCAAAGUAAAAACCAAAUUAAGACUGUAUAUCAUACAAGUGCGCAAUAAAGAUAGACCCGUCUGCGUGAGCAGUUUUAAAUAGGUCAGUUGCACUGGUCACAGAAUCGUAUUUUGAUGCUUGAUUCUUGUAGAUUAGCUGAAACUAAUGAGAUGUGUCCAAAUCGCAACUUUCUACGUUCAACAUGAACCGAGAUAUCGCCCUUUGAAAAGUCAGGUUUUUGACGUCAUCCAUGGCAAUAGUGACACCCUUGGUUUCUUCCUCUUUUGUUCCAUCAGAGAUGCAUAGGGUGCAACGCAAAACUUCAACGGCGUUAAACUUAAAUGUAUAAACCAACUCAAGAAACAGACAGAUUCGCACUGUAAAGAUCUUCCUAUGAGGAGAUAACCCACUUGCCGCGACGAGAUUAGGUGGUCAGUCAGUUCACCUCAGUUUGUUUACACGCUUAACUUUAACGUCGAUGAAGUUUAGAGUUUGCGCCAUCUGCAUCACCGAUCGAGCAAAAGAGGAAGAAACCAAGCGUUUCACUGCCGCGGUGGAUGACGUCAAGAACCUGACUUUUCAAAGGGCGAUAUCUCGGUUAAUGUCGAACGUAGAAAGUUGCGAUUUGGACACAUCUCAUUAGUUUCAGCUAAUCUACAAGAAUCAAGCAUCAAAACACGAUUCUGUGACCAGUGCAACUGAUCCAUUAAAGAGGGCUUAAUACAGAAGCA